GCCCCUCUGUUAACCUAUCCUCCCCUGCUCUGAUCAUUUUCCUUUGCUGAUAGGCUGGGUUUGUAUUUUCAAAUGGGUUUUGCGAGAGCGAGAAAGAGCUUCCCUUUCCUGCUCCGUACACAGGAUUAACGGACGCCAAGGAUCUACAGACUCCACUGCCGCCCAUCAAGGGAGAUCUACAGGUGGUAUUUUUCUAACCCACAAAUUGCAAGAUGUCAGCUCGAAGUGGAAAAAAGAAAAUGACCAAGUUGUCACGCUCAGCCAGAGCAGGAGUCAUUUUUCCUGUUGGCAGGAUGAUGCGUUACUUGCGGAAAGCAACAUUCAAAUACCGUAUUGGCAUGGGAGCGCCUGUUUACCUGGCAGCAGUCAUAGAGUACCUAGCAGCUGAAAUUCUGGAACUGGCUGGAAAUGCAGCCAGAGAUAAUAAGAAGAGUAGAAUAACUCCAAGGCACAUUCUGUUGGCAGUAGCAAAUGAUGAAGAACUAAAUCAGUUACUAAGGGGAGUAACAAUUGCGAGUGGUGGUGUGCUGCCCCGAAUUCAUCCUGAGCUCCUGGCAAAGAAACGUGGUGCCAGAAGUAAAGUGGAAACCAUUCUUUCUACACCAUCAGAAAAGAAGGCAAAGAAAGCAAAGCCAUCUCCAAUCAAAAAAUCUGCCAAGAAAGCAUCUGUCAAAAAGGCUACAAAAUCCAAAUCGGCCAGAAAGGGUAAACGAAUAGAAAGCAGUAAGGAAGGAGCAUCUAGUUCCACCUCAGAUGAUGUACCUGGUGAAGGUUUCACAAUUCUUUCGACAAAGAGCCUUUUCUUGGGGCAAAAGCUGUCAUUGACACAGAGUGAAAUCAGUAACAUCGGUUCAGUUAAGGUUGAGUGCAUCAUCAACCCAACAAAUGCUGAAAUAGACCUUAAAGAAGACGUUGGUAAUGCGUUGGAAAAAGCAGGUGGAAAGGAGUUUUUAGAUGCUGUGAAAGAGCUCCGAAAAUCCAAUGGACCUUUGGAAGUAACUGGAGCUGUUUUGGGUCAGGCUCCUGGACUGCCAGCCAAAUUCAUCAUUCACUGUAAUAUCCCACAAUGGGGAGUGGAUAAAUGUGAAGAGCAACUGGAAAAAACUGUGAAGAAUUGCUUGACCUUGGCGGAUGAAAAGAAACUGAAAUCAAUUGCUUUCCCGUCCAUUGCCAGCAGCAGGACCAGCUCUCGAGCUUCAGGUCGGUCUCCAAACCAAUCAAGAAAUUGUUUCCCGAAGCACAUUGCAGCGCAGCUCAUCCUCAAGGCCAUCUCCAAUUAUUUUGUUAACACAACAUCAUCAUCGUUGAAGAACAUCUUUUUUGUCUUAUUCGACAGUGAAAGUAUUGGUAUCUAUGUGCAGGAAAUGGCAAAACUUGACAUAAAGUAACCUGUUUUUUUUAAAUGGCAAGCUGGAAAUUUUAAACAGCGUUUUGUCCAACAAUGCAGAAAAGUGUGCGUGAGUGUGUGUUUAAAAAGUAAAUGAGAAGGUGCAAAGUAUGAGUUCUGUGAUCACAAACAUGGUCUGAAGUUUGAAGUGUAAACUUUUGAUUACAUUUUUAUAGCACUCCUCCCGAAGAGGGAAAAUGUUUUGAAAUUUACUUGUGGAAAAUCAGAAAACAACCUUGAUACUGUGCAUCUUUUACAGUUUUUUUGUGAUUUUACUAAAAUAUUGAAAGUUUAGAUUUUUAAAAGAAAAUUGUGACAUUUAACUGUCUAGUGGAAAAUAUAUCAUGCUAGGACAUUUUGACUUCAUGUAAUUGUGGUUUUAAUUAUUCCUUUUGUUAAGCUAGUACAUUGGGUUUCACAUUCCAGUGUGUAAAGGAACAACUGAAAAAUGAAACAGCAAUUUGGCUGCAUUACGUCUCUCCCAAUACCAUUUGCUGUAGUUUGAUAGUGUGACAGC